ACCCAGCCAAGAGGUUACAUAUUCAUCAGUCAAGCUGGAAAGUAGGUUUCAGAUAACACAGUAGCUUGCUUUCCCCUCCCAUUCCAGCUCACCGUGUAUUUAACAGAGCGGCUCAUACAGAUCCUGGCUUUUCCUCUUAGCUGCUGGGAGAGGAGCUAACUACUGCUCCAAAAUGAAUUCGUUGGUGUUUUUCAGUUUUAUGGUGACUCUUCUAGUAUCCCUUGUCUUAUCCGCAAGAUACCCUUACCAACAAGUCCUGCAGCACAGUCGCAUCAGAGGCAGACAACAUGGUCCCAAUGUUUGUGCAGUGCAGAAGCUUAUUGGCACCAACAAGCAAUAUUAUACAAACUGCAAGCAGUGGUAUCAGAGGAAAAUAUGUGGCAAAUCCACGAUAAUUAGUUAUGAAUGCUGCCCAGGAUAUGAAAGGGUUCCGGGAGAAAAAGGAUGCCCUGCCGCUCUUCCACUUUCAAACAUUUAUGAAACUCUUGGAGUAGUUGGAGCGGCUACCACACAGUUAUAUUCAGACAGAGCAAACUUGAGACCAGAAAUCGAGGGACCUGGGAGUUUUACUAUCUUUGCACCAAGCAAUGAAGCAUGGGCUGCCCUUCCAGCUGAAAUUUUGGAUGCUUUAGUGAGUAAUGUUAAUAUUGAGCUUCUGAACGCUCUUCGCUAUCAUAUGGUCAACAGGCGUCUUCUUACUGAUGAGCUGAAACAUGGAGUAACUUUCCCUUCGAUGUACCAAAACCUUGAUAUUCAUGUGCACCACUAUCCCAAUGGAAUUGUAACAGUAAAUUGUGCCAGACUGAUAAAGGCUGACCACCAUGCCACUAAUGGCGUAGUCCAUGUUAUUGACAAAGUAAUCACAGCCGUAACAAACGACAUCAACCAAGUGGUUGAAACAGAGGAAAGCCUUGAAACACUCAGAACUGCUGUCGCUGCUUCUGGCCUUAACACCCUGUUAGAGAGUCUGAACAAACAAUACACACUUUUAGCUCCGACCAACGAAGCCUUUGAAAAAAUUCCUCCAGAAACUUUGAACAGAAUCUUGGGAGACCCAGAGGCUCUAAAAGAUCUGUUGCACCACCACAUUUUAAACAAUGCCCAGUGCUCUGAAGCAAUCAUAGCUGGAUCAUCCAUGGAGACACUUGAGGGCACAUCUAUAGAAGUCGGCUGCACGGGUGAAGACCUCACACUGAAUGGAAAACCAAUCAUUUCCCGAAAAGACAUUUUAGCUACUAACGGUGUUGUUCAUUUCAUUGACGAAUUGUUGAUCCCAGAUGCAGCAAAAACUUUAUCCGAACUGGGCAAAGACAGCGAUGCCUCUAAAGUCAUUGAACUCUUCCAACAAGCCGGCCUUGGUUCCCACCUUGCUGUAAAUGAGCGCGUGACUGUCAUUGCUGCACACAACAAUGCUUUUAAAGAUCGCACCCCCAGCGUUAACAGAGACCUGACAAAUUUACUUCAAAACCACAUUAUUAAAGAAACGCUUUCCUCCAAGUACCUUUAUCAUGGGCAAGUCCUGGAAACAGUUGGUGGAAAGAAACUUCGUGUUUUUGUGUACCGCAAUGCUCUUUGCAUUGAAAACAGCUGUAUAGAUGCUCAUGACAAGAAGGGAAGAUACGGUACCUUGUUUAUUGUGGACAAGCUGCUAACUCCACCCACAGGAAAUGUCAUGGAUGUUCUGAAAGCUGACAAUCGUUUCAGCAUGUUGGUAGCUGCUAUCCAGUCUGCGGGACUCACAGAGACAUUAAACAGAGAAGGCACUUUCACUGUAUUUGCCCCAACAGAUGAGGCUUUCCGUGCCCUUCCAAGAGGGGAACUUAACAAACUUCUAGGUAAUGCCAAAGAUCUUAGCAACCUUUUGAAGUAUCACAUUGGUGAUGAGAUCCUGGUCAGUGGAGCAGUCAGCCAACUCGUACGCUUAAAAUCACUGCAGGGUGAAAAACUUGAAGCCACUUCUAAAAAUGCCACAAUGCAUAUAAACAAAGUGCCUAUUUCUGAAGCUGAUAUGAUGGCAACAAAUGGAGUCAUUCAUGCUGUUAGAACCUUUUUACAUCCACCAGCUAAAACUCAAGAAAGAGGGGAUUUGAUGUCAGACUCUGGCCUGGAAAUUAUAAAGCAAGCCCCUGCAUAUUCCAAGAUUUCCCAGAGAAGUGCCCGAUUAGUGCCCACGUACUCCAAGUUGAUGUCAAGAAUGAAACAGUAGGUGCCUUUAUGGCAGGAGAAGAAUAAGGAUCACCAUGUGUGCCUUUCAGCCGCAAGAACAGAAUGUUGGUUUUAUAAUUCCAGUUUAAAGAUUAUACAAAAUGCCUUAAGAUAUGAAUGCCCUAAACAAAAUGCACAUCCACUUGUUUGUUUAGGAUAACAAGAAAUACAAAAUAAAUUGCGUGCUAAUCAGAAACCAAACACGCUUGUUACCGGCAAAUAACAGAUUGGUCCUAAAAUAAAAACCGCUCUCUUAAAAUGCAUAUUGACAGUGUUGCCAGUAUUCAUUUGGCAGUGUUCAGUUAGAUGUGCGAUUUCAUGUGUUAUGUGGUUGUAUUACUAUUCUAUGUUUUGUUGCUUUUUAGAAAAGUUUGCCCAUGAUCGGUAUCAUUCAUUUUUUUUGAGGGGGUAUAUUGGAAGGGGGGGUUUCCAAUUUUUGUUGUUGUUUUUGUUUUUUAUUGCUGACUCGACAACUCAUGUGUCAUGUACAAGAAAAUAAAAACAGAUUUUUAUGUG